AUGGGUAACACUUCAUCGACAACCUCGGCCCUCACUCUCCAUGUCACACAAGAAACUGCAGCCCAAGGCAUCCCCCACAAUCUCUCAGCCUCGCUCACAAAACGCGCAUCGCUCACACUCCGCUGCAUCCUAACCGACCCAGCCUCUAAGCGCGCAUUCGCAGUCCACGUUCCUCCAACCGGGUCCAACGCCGUGAUCAUCUACGACGGUCCAGACGCAGCAUCCCCCGUCCUCGCAACCGCUGCAAAAAACGCCAAGUGGAAGCACGACUUCCGCGUCAAUCUUGCUGCACUGAUAGAAGGUCAAGACACGCGCGAGGAAUUACUACGAUGCACGACUGUGAGUAAACGAAAGGAAAGUUAUUGGUUCGCUAUGCAGCUCGGCAACAGCGUUGGACGAUUUGAAUGGCGCUCCACGCGUGCGCAGGGACAAGGCUGGGGAUGGAAAUUGGUCAAAGACGAUGAGGACAUUGUAGCUAUUUUUAAAUCCCAUAGGUCUUUGGGACGAGACAAGAUUGGUGAUUUGACAUUUACUGGGAGUGGCAUGAGUGGACGAUUCGGACGACAGUGGGAAGUGAUGGUGUUGACGACUUGGGCUUGCGUUUGGUUCAAACAUAUCUAA